UCAGAGAAACACUGUCUGCCCACGUGCAGUGAGCAGGACCUGACACCCUGCCAGGGGCCCCAUGACACGCCCCCGAUGCACAGAGCAUGUGACCACAGAGGCCACCCUGGGCUCUUCCAGAAAGCGGUCGGCCCCGGGAUAUUCCCUGCCCAGGGUGUCUGGUGGCAAGGCCGUGCCUAUCCCUGCUGUCCCCGGGUGGGUGUGGGGGUCAGGAGCUGCAGAAGGGCAGCCAGGCAUACUCUGGGGCUGGCCGUUGGCCCCAUUGCUGCUGCAGACCUGGCCAGAGCCACCAUUCCCUCCAUGGGGCCUGAAGACUGUGCCAAGUGCCUGCACCGUGGGACGGAGCUGAGCCCCGAGGAGCACCGUGGCCCCCGCACUCUGUGCUGCCCUGUCCUGGGCCUGGACAACUGCAGAGCCUGGGACCACGUGGACGGGCAGAUCCUGGGCCAGCUGCGGCCCCUGGCAGAGGAGGAAGAGGAGGAGGGCGCUGGGGCCACCUCGCCCAGGGGGCCCGCCUUCCCCGGCAUGGGCUCUGAGGAGCUGCGUCUGGCCUCCUUCUACGACUGGCCGCUGACCGCUGGGGUGCCGCCCGAGCAGCUGGCCGCCGCCGGCUUCUUCCACACAGGCCAGCAGGACAAGGUGAGGUGCUUCUUCUGCUACGGGGGCCUGCAGAGCUGGAAGCGCGGGGACGACCCCUGGACAGAGCAUGCCAGAUGGUUCCCCAGGUGUCAGUUCCUGCUCCGGUCUAAAGGGAGAGACUUUGUCCGCAGCGUGCAGGAGGCUCACUCCCAGCUGCUGGGCUCCUGGGACCGGUGGGAAGAACCAGAAGACGCAGUCUCCGUGGCCUCCUCAGCCCCUGCCCCUGGGGACCCAGAGCUGCCCACGCCCGGAAGAGAAGUCCAGUCUGAAGGCGCCCAGGAGCCAGCAGGAACCAGUCCAACCCAGGCCUGGCGGGCGUGGUGGGUCCUGGAGCCCCCCGGGGCCGGGGACAUGGAGGAGCAGCUGCGGCGGCUGCAGGAGGAGAGGACCUGCAAGGUGUGCCUGGACCGCGCCGUGUCCAUCGUCUUUGUGCCCUGUGGCCACCUGGUCUGUGCCGAGUGCGCCCCCAGCCUGCAGCUGUGCCCCAUCUGCCGGGCGCCCGUCCGAAGCCGCGUCCGCACCUUCCUGUCCUAGGCCAGGUGCCAUGGUCGCCCAGGUGGGCUGCAGGGUGGGCCUCCGACCCCCUCUGCCCGUCCUGCACUGUGUUCUGGGCCUGCUGAGGACAGCAGAGCUGGGGCCCGUCCAGCACCAACCCACCCGAUUACCCGACCGCAGCCCGGGGUGGAGAAGGGAGCCCUGCUGGGCAUGGGGGCGGCUUUCCUGCCCCUGUUUGGAUGCUUUUGAGUAUCAAUAAAGUGGGUUUUCCCUGGACACGCUCAGCAGCCUG